CAUGACUCCUCCUUUCACAUAUUCUUAAAACUUCUCACGUAAAGACUUCCUACCCAGUGAUCAAAUUCCUCCUGCCUUCCUCCCUCGUACGUGUAACAAACCUUCAACUGAUCCCGUUAUCUUCGGGAAUCCCUCUCCCUUACACAUCCCCCAUUCGUCUCAACCUCUUGCACUCGUAUUAUUUAACAAUUCUUUCUAGUUCCCUCGUCUCGUGUGAGCUCUCCAAGUAGCUAGGUUCCAUCUUCUCCCCCUUCUUCCUCCUUCUAUCCCCUUCUUUCCUGAGAGAAAAGAUGGGGAGCUUGAAGGGGAUCAUUGGGAGCAUCACCCUUCCCCUGAGCAUGGUGCUGGUCCAGAUCUUUACCAUGGGAAUGCUUAUCUUGUCGAAGUUGGCGCUCAACCAGGGGAUGUUUAUCUUUGCACUCCUCGCUUAUCGCAACGCCAUCGGGGCGGUCUUCGUCGCUCCCCUCGCCUUCUUCAUUGAGAGGGAUAUGAGGAAGAAGCUGAAUGGUGCAGCAUUUCUAUGGAUUUUUAUCAAUUCAAUCUUUGUAAACCUAAUGGGAAUGGGUUUGUACUACUACGGCCUACGGGAUACGAGUGCAUCAUAUGCUGUUAAUUUCUUGAAUUCGAUCCCGGUUGUCACUUUUAUUUGUGCCAUCAUCCUUAGAGUAGAGAGGUUGGGCUUAGGCAGCAGGGCAGGGAAAAUGAAGAUCCUUGGUACUUUGGUAUGUGUAGGAGGAACAAUGGUAGCUAGUCUCUACAAAGGCAAGGCAUUACACCUAUUCCAUCACAUUUUGAUUCACACUAGCACGACGAAGGGGGCCAAGAACCAAAAUAUGAUGCAUGGGACAGUAUUUCUGAUUGCUAGCUGCUUGGGCUAUGCAUUUUGGUUCCUAACACAGGUUAAAUUAUUUAAAGUCUUUCCUUCCAAGUACUGGACAACAAUGUUGACAUGUGUGGCAGGAUGUUUCCAAUCAAUGGUGGCAGGGGUAAUAAUAGACAGAGGAAGAGCUGAAUGGAGCUUAAAAUGGAAUUUGCAACUAGCAACAAUAAUAUAUUCGGGCAUAUUGAAUACAGGUGCCGCAUUUUGCAUGAUAACAUGGGCAGUCUCACGGCGGGGUCCUACAUAUCCUCCUAUGUUCAACUCCUUAUCAGUGAUCUUUACAGUGGCCUUUUCAUGUUUCUUCAUGGGACAAGAUGUCACAAUUGGAAGCUUAUUGGGCACCUGCUCGAUAGUUGUUGGACUAUAUGCAUUUCUAUGGGGCCAAAAGCAAGAAUUAUUGCUAAAACUAACAAAAGUUGGAAAUGUUGAAGAAACUUCAAAUGGGACUCCAGCAUAGCCAUGUAAUUCUGAUUUGUUAGGUGAAGUUAUUGGUGGAAACAUCAAGCAGGAACGCAGAACAUUUCCCUUAAAAUUGGGAUCUGCUUAGAAAGUUCAUUUCACAAUUUUAAAAUGCUAUGUUGGGUGUAAUUGCCUCUACUGCUUGAUGUUUCCAUCAAUAACUUCAUCUAACAAAUCAGAAUUAGAUGGCUAUGGAGUCUCAUUUGAAGUUUCUUCAACAUUUCCAACUUUUGUUGUUUUUAGCAAUAAUUCUUGCUUUUGGCCCCAUAGAAAUGCAUAUAGUCCAACAAUUAUCAAACAUUGUUAAAGCCCUGCCUCCUGGCCUUCUCCUGGCCUUAGAACCAAAGGAAGGGUCAUCAUGGUGUGCCUCCAUUGCAGAACAUAAUUAUGGAUUAGUGUGACUUGUGCUGCGAAGUUCUCAACCAUGUGAUGAUGUGAUUCCAAUAGUCCAGUACUCAUGGCAGCAGAUAAUGUGCAUUCUGUUAUCUAUGUUAUAUCUUUUGUUGUUUGUAAGUGCUGUGUUCCUGUAAUUGUGAACUCUCUACAAGAGUCCUUUACAAAGGAAAGAAAUGUGAGAUACAUCAUAUAGUCAAGCAAACGUUUUAUAUAUCACCUGAUUCGUGCUC